AUGGCAUUGGCAUUGCCGUCGCAGGUGCACGUUGGGGCUGCUCCAGAUCGAUCGCUGGCUGCCGACGCGCAAAGAUCAAGACCCUCCUCCCGGGUCUCACGUGUGCAAGGCACGAUGAGCUUGCAGAGCGCCAUGCUAGGUCUGUCUUUCGCUGCCGCCUCCAGCCGCCGGCGAGACAUGCGCACGUCUUGCCAGUCGAGUCGGCGCCAGGUUCUGACUCUCGGACCAUCCCUGACCCUGGCGACAUUUGCCGGAUCGGCCGGAGCUGCUGGCAGUGCGCCCACAGUCAUGAAGAAAGUUGCUGAUGGUGUGCACAUUUUUGACCAAGCCUAUGGCAUCCCUGGCUUGGAAGUUGGUGCCAACAUUCCCAUUCGGAUGACGGUGCUCAGCCUGGAGGGUGGUGGAUAUUUGGUGUACAACCCUUGCAACCCAACAGCAGAAUGUAUGGAGAUGCUUCGAGGCGCUGGCCUCACCGAUGUGCGUUACAUCGUGUGUGGCACCGUUGCUAUUGAGCAUAAGUACUAUGCCCCGCAAUGGGCCAAAUUGUUUCCAAAAGCAGAGGUCUGGGUAAGCCCACGGACAUUUAGCUGGCCUGUGGACUUUGGCCCUUAUGUUCCCUUUGGGGGGUUUGCCCCGGGAACGACGCUUCAGAAGGUGCCCAAGGAUUCGUCCUUGGCACCCUGGCGUUCGAAGGGCGUUGACCACCUCCAGCUCACGGUGGAUUAUGCCCCACGGACGGUGUUCGAAGAAACAAUGCUCUUCCAUGAGCCUUCGAACACCUUUGUUUGCACGGACAUGCUCAUUGGCUUGUCGGAUGAGCCGCCGGAAAUCCUCACACGCUCGCCCUACAAAGAGGGUCUCCUAUACUUCGCUCGGAAUGAGCCGCUGGAGAAGGUGGAUGUGGAGAGCCGACAGGUCUUGAAGGAUGGAUACCAAAAGUCAACCCUCCUCUUGAACAACAUCAAUCCACGAUCCCUGCUGUCAGUAGCCGCCGGUGAUUUGACGGUUCCAGAUGAGCUGUCACUAGCUUCAAAGGCUCCACAGCCGGAGCUCGGCUACUUUGGCUGGUAUCCGUGCAAUUGGCAGGAUAAAGAUUCACCCUGUGCAAAACUCGACGACCGCGUCCUUCCGAACAAGGACGCGAAAGGCUUUGAGUGCCGCCCAGGCUGGCGUGGAGAGUGGGAGCGCUUGGCGGCUGGAGUGGAGGGCACUGGCUUCCAGGUGCCCAGCUUCGUGGCAGAGCUCCAGAUCAGCCGAGACCCCGAGACGCUAGAGAGUUUUGCCCGAGAGAUCCCGCGCCGCUGGCCCAAAAUCCAGCGCGUGAUCUCAUCUCAUUUCACCUCACCUCUGCCGGCGACCAGUGAGAAGGUCAGCAAAGCUAUCCUGUCCGUGUGCCGCGGUCCCCCAGGGCCAGCAGCAAGAACAGCGGACCUGAGUGCAAUCUUGAACUUCAGAGAUUAUUUAGAACAAAAUGACUUAAUCUACAAACCGCAAAAGGGCCGAGGACGAUGGACGGCAUGA